AUGGACCCUACCGUUAGGGAACACACUGCAGAGGCCGAUAGGAGCUCCAAUCUCUUACCACUAAGCCUAAUACCGCAGGACCAACCGACCAGGCCAAACACUGCUGUCCUAUACCCCGUCUUCAACCCAGAGCUCCCAAAGUUACAGUUCUCCCCGUCACCACUAUAUGCAAAAGGCUGGAGCAACCUCCUUCGCCACUAUCCAGGAGAUCUCGGGUCUACCAUCGCUGGCAUUCUAACCUACGGUGUCCAGAUCGGCUAUCGGGGCAAGAAGCAGCUUUGUCAUUCCUCCAGCCAUCACAUUCACGAACCCGGCAUGAUCACGGCUAAACUAGCAGAGGAUCUCAGCCUCGGUCGCAUUAGAUUGGCCUCUGGGCCCCCCUUCAUUUCGCCGCUUGGGUUGGUCACUAAACACGAUGGGGGAUAG